AGCUGCGGGCGACGGGAGGCGGUGCACAGACCUGGAGGGUCCGGAGCGCGGGCUCCGUGCGGCGGUACAGCCUCGCGGAGUCUUGGAGUGUGAGGAGCAGGAGGGGUAGCUGCGGCAGAAGCAGUGGCCAAGGCAGAAGAUGGCCAAGGAAAGGUGCCUGAAAAAGUCCUUUCAAGAUAGUCUUGAGGACAUAAAGAAGCGAAUGAAAGAGAAAAGGAAUAAAAGCUUGGCAGAGAUUGGCAAACGCAAGUCUUUUAUAGCAGCACCAUGCCAAAUAAUCACCAACACUUCUUCACUGCUGAAAAAUUACCAAGACAACAACAGAAUGUUAGUUUUAGCUGUGGAAAAUGAAAAAUCCAAAGUGAGAGAAGCCCAAGAUAUCAUCUUUCAGCUGAGAAAAGAAUGUUACUACCUUGCAUGUCAGCUAUAUGCACUGAAAAAAAAACUUACUUCACAACAAACAGAAGAACCUGCUCAGAACCAGGAAGUUUGUACCUCUGGAAUGGACUCCAAUAGUGAUGACAAUUCCAGGAAUUUAUUUGUGAAGCAUUUACCGCAAGUUCCUCUUCAAGAAACUGACUUUCCAGGACAAGGAGAACCAUCCCAAACAGAAGAGCACAUGCCUACUAUUCCUCAAGACACACCAGGAUUUGAUUUUGAUUCAGGUGAAGCUAAAUUUACUGAUAAUGUCUUACCUAGAACUGUAUCUCUUCGUCGCCAUUUAAAGAAACACUGUAACAAUCUAUGUCAAUCUGAUAUCUUGGAUAAUUUUGAAACCAGCCAUUUGGCAGAGCAGUCUUUUGAACUGGAAAGAACUAGAUUAGAAGACCCACAAGUAAAUAUGCACAUACCUGAAAAUGUAGAACAAAAUGUUUGUCAAUCGAACAAAGACCAAAUUAUCUUACCACUAAAACCGAUUGACCCAGGAAAGUUUACUAAAAUGAAAGAAAUCAUUUUAGAACCUAAAUCUGAACAAACUAAAAGUAAGCAUAGAGAUGUACAAGGAAGAAAAAGAGAAGAGAAAAGAAAAGCUAACAGAAGAAGAAAAUCAAAAUCUACAUUAAAAUAUAAAGGGAACAAAAGUGAAAAUAAAAAAACCGUUUCCAAAAAAAAAUUGGAUGAAUCUAUCAGUGCCAGUGAUGCUUACAAUUUUAAUUUGGAAGAGGGUGUUCAUCUCACUCCAUUCCGACAAAAAAUCAGCAAUGAUUCUAAUAGAGAAGAAAACAACAGUGAGUCUGAAGUGAGCAUCUGUGAAUCAAGUGGUUCAGGAGAUGACUCUGAUGACCUCUAUUUGCCGACUGGCAAGUACAUUCAAAAUCUUGCCAGCAAAUCAGAUAGGAGACCAGUCACCAGGCCUCGAUCUAAAAGAGCACUAAAAUAUAUGGAUGAAAAAGAGAUGGAGGGUUCUAAGCCAACAGAAACUCCCACCAGUACACCACCUGAAACUCACCAGUCACCUCAUUUUAGCCUAAAGGAUAUCACCAAUGUUUCCUUGUAUCCUGUAGUCAAAGUCAGAAAACUUUCUCUUUCUCCAAAAAAGAAUACAGAAAGCCCAGCAGUGUCUCUGCCUAAGCGCAGGUGCACGAUCAGCAUGAACUAUAAGGAGCCCACACUUGCUUCGAAACUGAGAAGAGGGGACCCUUUUACAGACUUGUGUUUCUUGAAUUCUCCUAUUUUCAAGCAGAAAAAGGAUUCAAGACGUAGUUCUAAAAAAAAAAAAAAAGUAUGAAGCAAAUACAAUGAAGAUUUUCUGUUGAAAAUUCAUUCUACACGCCUUUCUGUUGCUUCAAGAGAGAAUCUCUAAGACAGUACACAAAUGGGUCAAACUAUUGCCAUAGAAUAUUCUCUUGACAGGACUCUGGAUCAUGAACAUUUCUUCAAAACUAUACUUCAAAUGUGAUUUUUGUCUUAAACCUUUAAUAAAUUUGAUUUAUUUCUUUUGAAUAUAAAUAACUGGACUUAAGUACUAUAAUUGUUUUGAUUUUUUAUGCUGCCUAAAUCCCCUUAAUUUUAGUUAAAAUGUAUCUUACACCAAUAUUUUGGAAAUUAAUAAUGAUUAUUCAAACUAAGAUACUUUAAUUAUAAACUUCUGGCAUCUUUAUUUUUCUCUUAAGUGGGAGAUACUACAGUGAAUGAUUUUUUUGAAGACAGGAUCUUUUGAAACUCCUUAUAUAAUAUUUGAGUAAACUAAAUCUUUGACAUUCACAGUAGGGUAUACCCUAAGUUGUUUGUGGAUCCUUUAUACCAUUGUUGUAUUUAAUUUUUCAGAUAAAAUGUGUUUGGGAUCAUGAUUAGAGAAUUGAUGGUUGUUUAGGCCCAGGGACUAGGUAAAUGACUAGUUCUGAACCCCGAGCUCUAAAUAUUGUUCAAAGUGAAUGCCUCAGCAAAAUCACAAAUUAUGUCAUGGACUUUCAGAAUAGCUCCUAAUUUAGUCAAAAGUCUCAAAUGUGUGAAUACUAAGGGUUUUUCUGUAUUUUUGACCAACCGAAGAGGGAAUUAGUUCAGAAAGUUUGAUGUCUAUACUUGUAUAUACCUCUUUAUAUUUUUAAGGCAUUGUAGGUUAUCCAUUUUUAAAGAGCAAUAAAGUUUGUAUAAGAUA